UUGUUUACGAUUUCUUGCAAUAUCUUUAUCAGCUUUUCGUCUGUGUGUACAUAAAUGCGCUCGAGACGAUUAUUUUAGCCGCUUGUUACUGGUGAUACUGAAGAAAUAAACGUCGAAGGUCAAAACGGAGUGUGUGUGGUGUGUUUUGAUAGUCAAUUUAUUGGAUAGCCGCUCAUCAAAUUGAGUUCGUCGCCGUCCGUCGACUUGAACAGUACAUUUUGAACUAUUCAAAAAAGAAAAAUAAAAUUAUGUUUCGUUCAUCUCAACAUUUUUUUAAGAGGCACAAGAAAUUAAACGUUAAAAGAAUAGAUGCGAAAAAUUUGGCAACGGAAGUUAAUGUUCCUCAACAAGCAGAUGUCGUUAUUAUUGGUGGUGGAAGUAUUGGAUGUAGCACAUUAUAUCAAUUAUGUAAAAAAGGUGUAAGGGCUGUUUUACUAGAACAAGGGAAAGUAACUUGCGGAACGACAUGGCACACGGCCGGUUUGUUUUGGAGAUUACGCCCAAACGACGUUGAAAUUCAAUUAUUAGAGAAAACGAGGCAACUCUUAACGAAUUUGGAGAAAGAAACGGGAGUCGAUCCGGGGUUUAUAAACAAUGGUGGAUUAUUUAUCGCUCGGACUGCGGAAAGAGUACAAGAAUACCAACGUCUCCACACAAUCGGUCAUUUCUUCGGAAUUGAUAGCAACAUGUUAUCACCAUCCGAAGCCGUCCGAAUAGCACCCGUUUUAAACCCAAACAAUUUUACCGCCGCCUUACACAGUCCAGGUGAUGGUUGCAUAGACCCAACGAUGCUUUGUUCUGCUCUUGUUAAAGGAGCAACAAGCAAAGGAGGAAAAGUGUUCGAAAAUUGUCCAGUAACGAACAUUCUAACCGAUCCAAGUUCGGGAAUAACAAAAAUAACCGGAGUUGAAACACCGCACGGAGUUAUUAACACUAAAUGUGUCAUUAAUGCAUCGGGAGCUUGGGCUAGAAAUAUAUCACACAUGGUUAGUUUAGAUAUACCGUUAUCCCCGAUGAAACAUGCGUACGUUGUAACCGAAAGCAUCCCGGAAGUGAAGAAUAUGCCGAACGUUCGCGAUCACGAUUAUUCGGUGUAUUUCCGAAUUCAAGGUGACACAAUUUGUAUCGGCGGUUACGAAUCGAAUCCAGAAUUAUUAAAAGACGUCGCCAAUAACUUUCAAUUCGGAUUGUACGAACUCGAUCAAAGCAUUUUCGGCGUUCACAUUGAAAACGCAACGAAACUUUGCCCAUCAUUAGAAAAAGCCGGGAUUAAAUCAAAUGUUUGCGGCCCAGAAGCUUUCACACCAGAUCAUAAACCUUUAAUGGGCGAAGAUCCAAGAAUGGUCGGAUUGUUCCAUUGUUGUGGAUUUAAUUCCGCCGGGAUGAUGUUAACGGGUGGUUGUGGUGAAGAAAUGGCAACUUGGGUUAUUAAAGGUCGCCCGGAACUCCCAAUGUUUGCUUAUGAUAUUCGACGGUUUACCCCUCAAAUGAGAAGUUCUAGAUCUUGGGUUACCGAGACUAGUCAUGAGAGUUAUGUUAAGAAUUAUAGCGUUGUUUAUCCGCACGAUCAAUUUUUAUCGGGGAGAAAUUUCAAAAUUGGGCCGUUCCACGAAAAUUUAGUCGCUCAUGGAGCCGUUAUGGAACAAGCUCAAGGUUGGGAAAGACCUGGUUAUUACGUUAAAGAUAGAACAGCCCCGGUUCGUGGGUACGAUUGGUAUGGGCAUUACGACCAUCUUAUCAACGACGAUCAACGAUACGUUCACGAAUUAGAAGUCGAUUACACAUUUGGGUUUUCUAAGAAUCACGAUUUGAUUGGAGAAGAAGCUUUGGCAUGCAGAAACAACGCAGUCCUCUUCGAUUUAUCUUAUUUUGCCAAACUUUAUUUAACAGGACCUGAUUCCCAAAAAGCAGCGGAUUGGCUUUUCACUGCUAACACGGAUAAAGAAGCCGAUAAAAUAAUUUAUACCUGCGCGUUAAAUCAUCGGGGAGGUGUAGAAGCUGAUUUAACGGUUAUGCCGUUAAAAGAGGGAAUUGGAAGAUUGGUUGGACCAAUUUUAAAAGGUCGGGGUUAUUACAUCGUUGCUGGAGGAGCCUCAGGUUAUCACACAACAUGUCAUCUCCGCAAUGAAAUCGAAAAGAAAGGCUUCCGGGCUGUUAUUUCCGAUGUAACCGAGCGUUUAGGAAUAUUAUCGUUGCAAGGACCUAAAAGUGGUGAAAUCCUCCAAUCAAUCACUGAAACUCCCAUAACUGAUGAUCGUUUCCCCUUGGGGAUGUCUCAUUUAAUCACGAUAAACGGCCAUACUUGUCGUGCGAUGAGAAUUAGUUUCGUUGGCGAAUUAGGAUAUGAAUUGCACAUCCCCGUCGCUUCUUGUAUCCCGAUUUAUAACAAACUCACGGAAGCUGGGGCAAGUUUCGAUAUGAGACACGCUGGAUACAGAGCUCUUUAUUCUUUAAGUUGCGAGAAAGGGUAUCAUUUAUGGAACCACGAUUUAAGAUCUGAUGAUAACCCGGUCGAAGCAAACUUAGGGUUUGUUUGUAGAAAAGAAGGUUCUUAUAUCGGAAAAGAUAAAGUUGAUAAAAUGAAAACAGAAGGAAUCAAAAAAAGAAGAGUUUUCUUUACAAUCCCCGAUAAACGAGUUGCAGUUUAUGGAUUAGAAACGAUCUGGAGGGAUGAUGUCAUUGUUGGAUUUUUAAGAAGGGGCGAAUUUGGGUAUCAUUUAGAUUGUAGUAUUGGUAUGGGCUAUAUCGAACAUCCCAAAGGGAAAGUUGUAGACGAAGAGUUUCUUAAGAAGGGAAAUUACGAAAUCGAAGUUAUGGGGCAAAGAUAUCCGGCUAUUUUACACGUUAGGAGUCCGUUUGAUCCGAAGAACCAAAGGAUGUUGGGGCAUUACGAACACCAUUUCCAGGAACAAACCCAUUUCGAAGACUGAUUGAGAUUUUUUUUUAAUCAACGUAAUUUAAUUUGUUAAUCGAAAAAAUUAAAAGAAUUUUGUAAAUAA